CGAUUUUUAAUGGCUGUACAUGUACACUGUUUAUCGAUCCUAGAAAAAGGCUUUUGUCUCGGUGCAGAUUACAAUAAAACAGAUAUUUUCUGAUGUUUUCCAUGCUGCAAUGAAAAUUAAAGAGGAUCCUUUGAACCAAAUUGACAAAACAAUAAUUGGAAAUGAAAUCUUCUCCAGGUGAAGAAGAUACGUCACCAUUUCUACUUGGCAGUUAAGACUGUGUGGACUGAUGCAUGAGAGGUCAAAAUUGAGGCCUUCAACCUUAGCGACCAUGAGUGAUAUUUGAUAAAAAGUUCAGGGACUUGUGUCAGCUAGUCACUUACACCAGGAUGGCUACAGAAAAAAAACCAGGGACUUGUGUCAGCUAGUCACUUACACCAGGAUGUCAACAGACAAGAAACCACACACGUACACCUGUGAAGUCUGUGGUAAGACGUUUAAAGACGGAGCUGAGAAGGAAAUACACACCAAAAUGCAUGCAGAGCAGAAACUGUACAGGUGUGAUGUAUGUGAUAAAGGGUUUAAUCAGGCAGCGAACCUGAAAACACACAUGAGAAUACAUACAGGCGAGAAGCCAUACGAGUGUGAAGUUUGUGGUAAGGAGUUUAGUCAUGCAGUUUCCCUGAAAACUCACAACAAGGUCCAUACUAGGGAGAAGCCUUACAGGUGUGAUUUCUGUGGUAAACAAUUUAGUCAGGCAAGUAACAUGCAAAUACACAGGAGAAUGCAUACAGGUGAAAAGCCAUUCAAGUGUGACGUGUGUGGUAAGGGGUUUAAUCGGAAAGAUCGACUACAAACUCACAUCAGAAUACAUACAGGGGAGAAACCAUUCAAGUGUGACAUCUGUAGUAAAGGAUUUAGUCAGGCAGGGAACCUCCAAACACACAUCAGAACGCAUACGGGGGAGAAGCCACAUAAAUGUGACGUCUGUGGUAAAAGAUUUAGUAAGGCCGGUAACCUCCAGACUCACAUCAGGACACAUACCGGGGAGAAACCGUUCAAGUGUGAUGUCUGUGGCAAAGGUUUCAGUGAGGCUUCUAGCCGACAAAUACACCUCAGGACACAUACAGGGGAGAAACCGUUCAAGUGUGAUAUCUGUGGCAAUAAAUUUCGAGACAUAAUUAGCAAGCAGAGACACCUGAGUGCACAUACAGAAGAACAGGCGUACCAGUGUGGUGUGUGUCUGAAGGAGUUCAAUUGGGUCGCUAGUCUACAGAGACAUAUCAGAAAACACGCCACAGAAAAGCCGUACAAGUGUGAGGUCUGUGAUAAAGGUUUCACCGCCAAAUCCUACCUCAGUUCUCACAUCAGGACCCAUACCGGAGAGCUACCGUUCAAGUGUGAUUUCUGUAGCAAGGGGUUCAAUCGCAAAGAUCACCUGCAGAAACACAUCCGGGUACAUACAGGGGAGAAGCCGUUCAAGUGUGACGUCUGUGGUAAGGGGUUUAGUAACACGACAUGCCUUUCUAGACAUGUCAGAAUACACACAGGAGAUAAACCGUUCAAGUGUGACGUCUGUGAUAAGGAGUUUAGUCAGGCAGGUAACCUCCAAUCACACAUCAGGACACAUACGGGAGAUAAACCACCAAAACAUGCUCUACCCUAACGACUAACCUACGGACAGGGAUACAGGGAAGAAAUAAGGGUGUGAUAGGUAAAUUAGUUCUUUAUUAAUUAGCAAACGGAUAAAUCUGGUGACCUUAACCCAGUAGCAGCUGUGGUGUUAUUUGUGCUACAUAUAAAGUUAUAGAAAUUUAAUUUACAAUGUCACUAUGACACAUUAAGUGUAGAAGUCAUACUGUAUGUUGGAAAUUUUUCCUCGCAGUUUAAUUUUUUGACUUUUUCACCCUUCAUAAUGAUGGCGAAAUUAUAUUUACAGCGAAUUUGAAUGAACAACAUAAUGUGAAUGUGAAGGGCGAAAUUAACACUGGGGGGGAAUAUUUCAUGGGCGAAGAGAGAAAGUUUGACUGGGUGGAGAGUGAAAGUUUUUCCGGGUGAAGAGUGAAAGUUUGACUGGGCGGAGAGUGAAAGUUUGACUGGGCGGAGAGUGAAAGUUUGACUGGGCGAAGAGUGAAAGUUUGAGUGGGCGGAAAGUGAAAGUUUGACCGGGCGAAGAGUGAAAGUUUGACUGGGCGGAUAGUGAAAGUUUGACUGGGCGAAGAGUAAAAGUUUGACUGGGCGAAGAGUGAAAGUUUGACCGGGCGAAGAGUGAAAGUUUGACUGGGCGAAGAGUGAAAGUUUGAUUGGGCGAAGAGUGAAAGUUUGACUGGGCGAAGAGUGAAAAUUUGACUGGGCGAAGAUUUCCUGGUAUACAGUACAUUGUACGAAUGUGAUGUCUUUGUUAAAAGGUUAGGAAAUCAACCUGACGAUUUCUACAAAGACAAUCCCAUGACACAGUGUAUGAGCAUGAAAUGUGUGAUGUCUCGACUACACUGUAAAGACUAUCCGAGUCCCAGAUACACCCCAUGGACUAUUCAUGAUCAUAUGACUAUUUUGUAAGAAAACUAAACUAUAUACCCCACAGGUGUGUCAGCUAUAUUUAUAAAUAUUGUACAUAAUAUAAUGUGAUAGUACAUAGUACGUACCAUAGAUAACAAGAUCUCUCAAACUUUAAAAAGAUGUCAUACUGUAUAACAUGAAAUAUUCGUGGGUACUUUCCUUCGUGGUUUGUAGAU